AUGGAAGAUGACUUCCCGAUCGAUCAUGACGAGAAGGUCCUCUUGUCUUUGGGUUAUAAGCAAGAAUUCAAACGAGAAUUCAGUCUUUGGACAUCCUUCUGCGUUAGCUUCGCCGUGUUGGGGUUGCUUCCGAGUUUCGCAUCGACGUUAUUCUAUGGCAUGGGCUACGCUGGGACCGCGGGAAUGGUUUGGGGAUGGAUAAUUGCCAUGAUCUUUAUCCAAUGCGUUGCCCUAAGCUUGGCUGAACUCUGCUCAUCAAUGCCAACAAGUGGUGGUCUCUAUUACGCGUCGGCUGUUCUUGCACCCCCAGGAUGGGGCCCUGUUGCAUCUUGGGCGACUGGCUGGUCCAGUUGGAUUGGACAGGUCACAGGUGCACCAUCGGUCAACUAUUCAGCAGCGGCAAUGAUUCUUGCUGCUCGGUCGAUAACUGACCCAAAUUACGUUCAAACGAAGUGGGAGCUGUUCCUCCUGACCACUUUCCUCAUGCUCGUCCAAAGUUGUAUCAGCAGCAUGCCAACCAGGUGGAUCGCCAUGUUCAAUUCUUUGGGGUCCAGUUUCAAUAUGGUAGUAGUAAUUAUUGUCAUCAUUCUCAUACCUGCAGCUACAACAACAGAUCCUAAGUUCGCACCAAGUCGUCAAGUGUGGGGCACCAUCGGGAAUGGUACAGACUUCCCCAAUGGUAUCGCCAUAUUGAUGAGUUUCAUCAGCGUUAUGUGGGCAAUGUCAGGCUUUGAUGCGCCUUUCCAUCUGAGCGAGGAAUGCGCCAUUGCUGAUGUCGCCUCCCCACGCGCCAUUGUUUUAACGUCUGCAAUUGGCGGCAUAUUUGGUUGGGUCUUGCAGGUGGUUGUAGCGUAUACAGUCGUCGACAUUGGGGCAGUCAUUGCCUCUGACCUUGGCCAACCGUGGGCGACCUACUUACUCCAGGUUCUUCCGCAGAAGGCUGCGCUUGCCACUCUCGCAUUGACUAUAAUCGCUAGCUUCUCAAUGGGUCAAGGUUGCAUGGUUGCAGCAUCUCGAGUCACCUAUGCCUACGCUCGUGAUGGUUGUUUCCCUUUGUCAAGAUUCUGGCGGAAAGUAAACAGACACACCAAAACACCGGUCAAUGCUGUAUGGUUCAACUGUACCAUUGGCGUCCUGCUUUGCUUGCUUAUAUUUGCCGGGGAAAUAGCUAUCCUAGCUAUAUUCUCUGUCGGCGCCAUUGCUUGCUUUGUUGCAUUCACGAUCCCCAUCUCUUUGAGGGUCUUCUUUGUCGGCAGUAGGUUUCGAAGGGGACCUUGGCAUCUUGGAAAUUUUGGCAAGCCGAUCGGGGCCGCCGCUGUUGCAUUCGUCGUUCUGAUGGUUCCGAUAUUGUGUUUACCUCCUCUGAUUGGAAGUAACCUCAACUCUGUGAAUAUGAACUGGACCUGUCUUGUGUAUGGAGGUCCCAUGUUGAUUGCUUUGCUCUGGUUUGCCAUUGAUGCCCGCAAGUGGUACAAAGGACCGAGGGUUAAUGUCAAGCAUGCUAUGAUCGGCCAGGUUAUCAAAGAUCUCGGGAGGGAGGUUUGA